UUCUAUCCGUAGACAAUAUACAGCCAGGUGUUCCCUCCAAAACAACCAGCCCUUCGAUGGCGGGUCGGGCUCAACCCAUAUUCACAACCCGAAGAGCUGCUUCAUCUUCCCCGGCUCUUCUGCCUGUCAAUCUCCAGUCCAAUUCACACAAGAAUGUCAAGCCUUCAACCUCCCACAUCCCAAUUCAUGAAUAUCCACAUAACCAACUCAAGAACAACAACCCCAGUUCAAGCAUCUGGCGUAAAGGCGACAUAGAUGCCAAUCUUGACGAAGAAGGCGUUCUUAAUCUUCCUUUCUUAGUUGGAACCUGUCCGUUGAAGUGCCCUGUUGAAGAGAGGGAAAAUCGAGAGAGGCUGCGGGAUUUAGCUGUAUUCGAGAGGCUGAAUGGCGAUCCAAGCAAAUCAUCUCCUAGUCUUGCUGUUAAAAAGUUCUGCAGGACUAUAUCUACAAAGUAUGCAAAAAGUUCUGAUUUGCGUCCCUUACCAGUAUUGGAGGAAACUCUAGAUUAUCUAUUUAAAUUGCAAUCUACGAAGCAUCCUUUCGAGGUGCUGCAUGACUUCCUGUUCGAUAGAACAAGAUCCAUAAGGCAGGACCUUAGCAUGCAAAAUUGCAGCGGUGAAAGAGUGAUAUCUAUGUAUGAGAGAAUGGUAAAAUUUCAUAUCAUGUCUCUUCAUGAGCUUAGGCAAUGUAGUGGUCCUUCUAUCUCUUCAGCAUUACACCUCAACAUGGAGCAGCUCAAGAAGGCCUUAACAACUCUAUUUGAUCUUUAUGAGGCAAAUAGAACAUCCAAACCUAUGCACAAAAAUGAAUCUGAAUUCCGUGCCUAUUAUGUUCUUCUCCACCUUAGUUCUGAAAGCCAGGGAUCUUUGUGUUUGUGGUUUCGCCAAGUUCCUCUUGAAACUGUAAAGUCAACUGUGAUGUGUUUUGCCAGGAGAAUUUUGAGGUACUACCAUUUGGGAAACUACAAAAGGUUUAUCCAUACAACAGAGUCUGAAGCAUCAUACUUGCAGUAUUGUAUUAUUGAACCCUACAUAAGUCAGGUUCGAGAAUUAGCUCUUUCCUCACUGAACCAUGGAGGAUACAAGCUGCAACCUAUUACCCUAGCUGACCUAUCUAAACUCUUGAUCAUGAAAGAAUGGGAUAUUGAGUCUUUCUUUAGAGACUGUGGUCUCCAAAUCUUCAAAGAUGAGGAAGGAAACAAGUGCUUGUUGAGCAAGCAAACACCUCUUGUCUCUCCCAAGGGUGCAUUACUGAAGUGUUAUCCCCUUGAUUCAAAUCGGUUUGAGAGGGUAUUUAUUGAACUAUAGGAGCUCUUGCUAUCAUGAAUUCUGGUAAGAACUACAGAGUCUUCUUCUACAAGGGCCAAAAAGGGGUUUUGUGUUGGGAUUCAUUCCCUAAAUUUCAAUCAGUUGAUUGCAGGGAGAAAAACAAUUUGAAACAUGCAAUUCUUUGCUUAAAAAGAAAGAGAAACCUUGAUUCAAGGACGGAGUCAGGAGGGAGCAUUUACUAUACUAAUGAAAAUGUAGCAUAUUCACAUAUCUGCUGCAGAAGCUAUUGGUUUUAUAAUCCUAUUUCAGGUGUAUGAGCAGAGAACUGUAGAUUGCUUUGUUUUGAAAUACUGUAAAUGUUGUGCCAGGAAACAUGGAGAAAUGUUAAACCGCAAACGUCAUCCUCUAAUAGAAAUGCAAGUGUUUGGAGAAUUUCUGGAGUUCAUAAAUGGAACAUUCUCUUUUCCGAGAGUUUCUGUGCUUUACACACAGAAAUGAAGCACAUAAACUAUACUAUGUAUUUGUUUUGGAAUAUGAAGCACAUAAACUAUUAUUAUAUCUUUGAAGAGCUAUUUUAUUUGUGUUUAGUAACAUGUGGUUUGAAG